AUGACGGCUGCUCGUCUGUCUCCGGCGGCGAGCCUACUGCGCAACUCGAAGCUUUUCGCCCUUCCUACUGCCCUCUCAGUUCCACCGACCGAACCUACCUCUGAACCUGUCGUGUCUUCAGACACAGCGACCACUCCCUAUCCACUCCGAGCAGCACUCGAAACUCCCAGGUCGACCUUGUUCAAAGGUGAUUGGGGUCUCAAGCGAGCUCUGCCGGUCUCGACCACGACCAAAUCUGGCACGCCGACCGUUAGAAUCCUGCGAGGCAUCGAUACUCCUGAGCACGUUGCCGAUUUUGAGUCUGCGGCCGACCAUGUGCUUACCCUACGGAAGUACCAAGAGCUUAAUCUUCGAGUGACUCUUCCCGCCACCAGGGAUAAGAGGCACUAUGAACGCACGAGUGCUUUCGAUCCAGAAAUCGACCAUACCGCGGAGGUGCCGUUGACGCUGAAAGGGAAGAACGGCCCAGUAUCAUGGUUGGACAAAUCACCUGCCGAGCGUGCCGCAGAACUGCCCAAGCAUCUCCGAGACACGCUCGAAAAGGCCACGAAAGACAAUCCUGAGUCGAACUCAGCAUCAGCCACCUCAGAGUCCAGCUUGUCGCCAGCGAGACUGUCUAGACGACGGUGGAGAUAUUUGGGUCCGUACCUGGCCGGUCUUAACGGUGCAGAAUUUGAAGCGUUCUUGGGCCAGAUCACAAGAGCAAAGAAGGCAGAAUUCCGAAAACACGUAGAACGACACCUGAUCAACCAGCGGAUAGCUCAACGUCGUGCAGAGGCUCUGGAAAGCGGCGAGACUGGCGAGACUGGUCCUGCCGAUGACACGAGCGUGAAGGUUACCGAAGAGGACGUUGACGAGCACCUUCGCCAACUACGUUCUGAACCCAGCAAGUUCGCACCGCUGAUAGUCGAGUUCUUCGAUCUUGCUGACGGACCCAAAACUUCCGUCAUGAACAGAGAACCAUGGCACUACGGACGUGAUACGAUAGCUGCCGAUCAAUACAAGGAGUCUGGGCCCCCUCGAACACAUCCUUCUGCUGGCUUGUCGUAUCUCAGGUCGGAGUCAUUUGCCCAGAACGAUGUCAUUGUUGGGCCCAGAGACACUCGACCUCCAGUGCCAGCCCGCUUAUUGAAGACGAUCCAGAUCGGCCAGCAGAGAUCAAUUCCGAAUGUCGGCAUGGCUGGUUUCGUGAUUCCACAGCCCCAUUGGAGCGAGUUGCGUGAUCGUCCCUGGCAGUGGCAAUCAGUCAAGGACGGUCCCAAGUUGGUAGUCCAGCCUGUUUCUGCUGCAGUUUCACAAAGUGGAAAAGUGGAAAUCAACACGAAGCUCAUGAAAGAUUGGUAUCUCGAGGAUGAUGUUCCAGUUGAGAUCACUGAACGCCGACGUGCAGGGACAAACACGACGCGGCCGGCCCCUGCCACGCAGGUCAGGCCCUUGGACAGACUUUUUAAGAGGCAGUCUACUGUAGCGAGAUCUACACCGGCACCGAGUCAGGAUAUCAGUGAAGAGUUGAACGAGAUGACGCGCCGAGCUACUCAGAAUCUGGCAAAUAGGUCUGCGUAG